GCAACAAGCGCUGACUUGCCACACGACACAACACUCCUCGCUUGACAGCAGUGCUCGCGUCUACGACCUAACGGCGAGAAAGAAGCCAAGAAACCUGGGCGUGCCACCAAGUCCUGCGCUACUCGGGAGGCGUUGUAUCGGCACUUGAAUCAUGAUCAUGUUCGCGCGUGGGCUGAUUGUUGCAGCUCUGAUCGAGUCUUCAUCAGGCUUCGUCAACCCAGCAGCAGCGCGACCAGGGGCCGUCGCACGCCUUCCCACGCCGGCCUGCGCUGUCGCCUUGCCACGGUCUACGGUCUCCCGAGGCGGGCGUUCGCUCGCCCUUGGCAUGGUAGAAAAGCUGGGCCCUGACGAGACGGUCAAGAAGUACGGUCUCGAGGCCGGUCUGUUCAAGGCGUUGAAGGACGGCAACAAGGAGGAUGCGGAUGGAGAGGCUGGGGCGGCAACGACAACGGCGAAGGACCUCCUCAAGCAGUACGGCUCGGCCUACCUCAUCACGUCCAUCUCGUUGUCCCUGGUCUCGUUCGGCAUCUGCUACGUGGCGGUCUCGAACGGCGUCGACAUGGCGUCGCUCUUGGGCAAGGUGGGCAUCGAGACGAGCGCCUCGGCGGAGACGACCGGUACGGUUGCGGUGGCAUACGCGAUCCACAAGGCGGCUUCGCCGAUUCGGUUCCCGCCGACGGUGGCGUUGACUCCCGCGGUCGCCAAGUUCUUGGGGAAGGGGGAUGGCGAAGAGACUGCUGCUGCUGCUGCUGGCGAGGAAGGAGAAUAGGCAUCGGGAUUAUGCUUUGAGUUGGCAAUUUCCGAGCUUGUUGGACUGGCAGGAAGCACGGAGGGAGAAGAAGGCGAGGUUCGGACAGCAGUAUACUGUUGUGGGUUUAAGUCUGUAAAUGCUGUCAAGGUGUGUGCUGCUGACUUCGUGGCGGCAACCCUUCCGUUGGAUGCGCUUGUAUCCUGCGUCACAAUCCAGUAAGCGUUAAGGUAAUGCGUUAUCACGAUCGUGUAUGCAUCUUGCCCUCCAAUUCUCGGUGGCGGUGCUUUUGAAGCACACGUCGCUGCACGCACCCAUUUCGCUCAGGUCGUGGGCUUCCCGGUUGUUGUAUGUCGUUGACCGGUGUUUGUGGGGUCUCGCCCUGGAGGCAACAACAGCAUAGGAGUUGUUGCCCUUUUUAUUUUGUAUUGAGAGAGAGAGAAAGAAUAGAGUUGGUGUGUGUUGAUGGCUGUGGGUCAGACGAUGGGGGCACAUAGCUUAGCGAUGAUCGUGAUCGGUCAUCAUGUCGUCGUUUCGCGUGUUCAGAUCGAGCACGACAAGGAAAGAUUAGAGCCUGGAUGGUGUUGCUUUGGUCGAGCAAGGUACUUACAGUAGACCGGUUUGUACACAUGGAUUUUCGUGUUUCUGUAUUGUUCGACCGAGAUGUUUUCGUUGGGACCCGUGUGGAGUAUUGUCGCCAAUUUUCAUCUGUUUUCGUGCACCAGUACAGCAGUAGUGUACCUCAAGGCCACGAACAGGCGCUCAAGGCUUCAACCUUCGUUUAAGGGCGAUUUUUCCCACACCAUUAAACAGAACAAUUGUGUC